AUGACCAACGUAGCUAGAGAACUUUUGAAGAAGCAAUUUUUAGGUAUUCUACAUGAUAACGUCUGCGCGCCGGUUGUGAUUGUCGUCGAGUGGGUCUCCGAACUGUCUCGCGACCACAACGCCGGUUUUUCCGUCGGGCUGGUUGACGACGCAAACUUCUUCGAGUGGAACGUCUGUUUUGAAGGGCCAAAAAAUACCCUAUAUGAAGGGGGUAUAUACAAUGCCACCCUUUCCUUUCCCACGGAUUUCCCAAACCACCCCCCCCAAAUGAAGUUCACCCAGGACAUGUGGCACCCAAAUGUUUUCCCGGAUGGGAGAGUCUGCAUAAGCAUAUUACACCCACCAGGUGUGGACAUUUACAACGAGCAGGAGAAGUCGGAGGAACGCUGGAGACCCAUCUGGUCUGUUGAAGGCAUUUUGGUCAGCGUCAUUUCCAUGCUCAACGAGCCCAACCUGGAAUCUCCUGCCAAUGUGGACGCGGCGGUUCAAAUAAAGAAUAAUUUAAACGAGUACAAGAAGAAGGUGCGGGCCCUCGCCCGCAUGUGCUAG